AUGACUGGUGAAGCUGUGAACCCGAAGGCCUACCCGCUUGCAGAUGCCCAGUUGACCAUAACGAUUCUGGACUUGGUCCAGCAGGCUGCUAAUUACAAGCAGCUCAAAAAGGGGGCUAAUGAAGCAACCAAGACACUUAAUAGGGGGAUGUCAGAGUUUGUAGUGAUGGCCGCUGAUACUGAGCCUCUUGAAAUCCUUCUUCAUCUCCCCCUCCUGGCCGAAGAUAAGAAUGUUCCUUAUGUUUUCGUCCCAUCUAAGCAAGCCCUUGGCAGGGCAUGUGGCGUCACAAGACCUGUCAUUGCAUGCUCUGUUACUAGCAAUGAAGGAAGCCAACUGAAAUCGCAAAUACAGCAUCUCAAGGAUGCCAUCGAGAAGCUCAUGAUCUGA